UCAAAAUGUUUCAACUCUCACUCACACAUCCAUCAAUCAAUAUUAUUUCAUCAUUCUUCUUCUUCUCCUUAUCAAUAACAAGCAAGCCUCCAUUACUCAAAACUAUUUAGUAUUAUUAUUAUUAUUAACACAAAAAUGGAACUAAGUACCAUGUUAUGCAUCUUGGCUUCUUUGCUCUCCAUUGUUCUAUUUAGAAUCUUCAUGAAACCCUAUUUUGCUUCCAAACGAAGAUACUUGCCACUCCCACCUGGCUCCAUGGGUUGGCCAUACAUAGGUGAAACUUUUCAAAUGUAUUCUCAAGACCCAAAUGUUUUCUUUGCCGACAAAAUCAAAAGGUAUGGUUCUAUGUUCAAGUCCAACAUUUUGGGGUGUCCAUGUGUUAUGAUUUCGAGCCCAGAGGCAGCGAAAUUUGUUCUAAACAAAGCUCAAUUGUUCAAGCCAACGUUCCCGGCGAGCAAAGAGAGGAUGUUAGGGAAGCAAGCAAUUUUCUUCCAUCAAGGAGAGUACCAUGCUAACUUGAGGAGGCUUGUUCUUCGAACCGUCAUGCCUGAAGCCAUCAAGAACAUCAUAACCGACAUUGAAUCCAUUGCCCAACAUUCCCUCACCUCUUGCCAAGGACGUUUGAUCACUACUUUCCUUGAAAUGAAAACAUACACCUUCAACGUUGCCCUGCUUUCAAUCUUUGGCAAGGACGAAAUCCACUACAGAGAGGAUCUAAAACGGUGCUACUACAGACUCGAAAAAGGGUACAAUUCAAUGCCAAUUAACCUUCCAGGGACGCUGUUCAACAAAGCAAUGAAAGCAAGGAAGGAAAUAGCGAAGAUCGUGGGUGAGAUAAUAUUGAAUAGGAGAGAGAAGAAGAAAGAACACAGAGACUUGCUUGGUUCAUUCAUGGAGGAGAAGGCUGGACUCACCGACGAGCAAAUAACAGAUAACAUAAUUGGAGUUAUUUUUGCAGCUCGUGAUACCACAGCUACUGUGCUGACGUGGAUUGUGAAGUACCUUGGUGAAAAUCCCACUGUCCUUCAAGCUGUCACAGAGGAGCAAGAGUCCAUAGUGAAGAGAAAGGAAGAAAGUGGUGAUGAGAAGGGUCUGAAUUGGGAAGAUACCAAGAAGAUGCCAAUAACUUCAAGGGUCAUACAAGAGACUCUAAGAGUUGCAUCUAUUUUGUCUUUUACUUUUAGAGAAGCAGUUGAAGAUGUGGAAUAUCAAGGGUAUCUUAUACCAAAAGGUUGGAAAGUGUUACCCCUCUUCAGAAACAUACACCACAGCCCUAAUCAUUUCAAAGAACCAGAGAAGUUUGAUCCUUCAAGAUUUGAGGUUUCUCCAAAAGCCAAUACCUUUAUGCCAUUUGGCAGUGGGAUCCACAUGUGUCCUGGGAAUGAAUUGGCCAAGUUAGAGAUCUUGGUGCUUCUACAUCAUCUCACCACAAAGUACAGGUGGUCUGUUUUAGGUGCAAAGAAUGGGAUUCAAUAUGGUCCUUUUGCAAUGCCCAAAAAUGGGUUACCCAUAACCUUAUAUCCCAAGAAGUAGCAUAUCAACAAAACAAGAUCCAAAUAAUUCCUAAUUUUGUGCCAAAUUUCUAAAUAUGGAGAAAAGGGUGACUAUAAAACUCUCAAAAUUGGUUUCAACUUUUCAAGAGAGGAAAUUGGUGAAAGAAGAGACCAAGACCAUGCUUAAAACCAAAACAAGGAAGAGACAUUCAAAAACACUUCCUUUCUUUUUGGCCUAAGAACAGAUCCAAAGGGUCAUGUCUUUUAGGACCUCAUAGAAAAUAGGGAUCUCAAGUGUACAUAGUAUUGAGUUAUUUUCAUUUUUCUCUUUUUUUUUUUUUUAAUUUUAUAAUUUCAUUAGAUUGUAUUGAUGAAUUCAACUAACUAGGUUGAUCCAAA